AUGAGCUCCCGGGGCUUCCCUCUGGCCCCUCCAGCCAAGAAGGUGGUGGUUCAUCUCAAUGGUGACCCCUUCUCCCCAGGGAGGAACUUUGUAGUGACCCAGCGGCGGCUCCAGACCCUGGAGACCUUUCUGAACGAGGUGACCAGGAGCAUCAGGGCCCCCUUGGCUGUGAGGAACCUCUACACACCCAGGCAUGGCCACCGUGUGGCUGAGCUGGGGGACCUGCAGGAUGGGGGUCAGUACGUGGCUGCAGGUUUUGAGAAGUUCAAAAAGCUCAAAACUGAGGUUCCAGGCUGCGAGGUGCCCAGUGGGGACGAGGGCAAAGAGGCACAGCAGGGGGUGCGGGGUGGCCCGCGGGCUGCCCUGAGGCUUUGUCGCCCCUCACGGGGAGGAUCCGCGUUCAGAGGCUUCGCUGGCACUUCUGGAGCGCGUUCAGCUGCCCGCAGAGCCUCUCCAGCCUCGGCGUUGCUGACAACAAACCCGCCCGGGGGCAGCAAAGCUGGGGGCGGGCGGUGUCCCAGAGCGGGCGGUUAUCCCGGGACAGGGAGAGGCCCAGGGGAAGCGUGUCCCGAAGGAGAGGAAGGCACAGCCCCGGGUGCCUCGGGGCUGUUCCCGUGUUCCCAUCCCGCUCUCCAGUUCCCUGCCGGAGCUCCCUGGAAGCCGCGUGUCCCGGCGCGGCGGCCGCAGCCCGCCCGCACCAUCCGCGUGUUCCGGAACGGGGAUUUGCUGAGCCCUCCCUUCCCGGUGCUGCUCUCCAGGAACACUCUGCUGCAGUGGGACACGCUCCUGGCCACGCUGACAAAGAAACUGGAGCUGCAGAGUGGAGCUGUUCACAGGCUCUGCAGGCUGGAUGGAACUCAGGUGUCUGCUGGGGAGGAGCUGGUGAGUGGCCACUACUAUGUGGCUGUGGGAAGUGAGGAGUACAAGGAACUGCCUUACCUGGAGCUGCUGGUGCCCCAGGACUCUGUGUGGCAAGGACAGCAGAGAAGUCAGAGAAGACUGUGGCAAGGAAAAGGGAAACCAGUGACACUGAGGAUGAAAAGUACUGACUGAUGUUUCCCUUGGCAGCAAAGAGCCCUGAGGAGUUCACAAAGAGACUGUGAUGGGGGAGGGACAGUCAGGCAGCAGGUGACAAAGUGACAGGAACCCUCCAUCUCUGUGACCCCUCAGGCUGGCCAGGCUUUUUGAUUAACUGACUCCUCAGAUGCACAAUUCUGGUAAAGACUUAAAAGCUUCCUCCUUCCCUCAUCUCUCAGGUGUGAUGAUGUGGCACAGGAGGUGGCUGCUUUCCUGAGCACCAGUUAAACUGGUUUGUGUCUGACCUUAAGAAGGAGGAAUCACCAGCCUUUAGAACCAAAUCCCUGCCAGGAAGUUUGUUCCAUGUCAGGUGUUUUUUAUAUAGAGAUUUCAUCCCAUCAUUGUCCCUCUGACUUGGAAUGCUUGGAUAAUGUUUGCAGCAACCAAACCUGUUCCCAAAAAUAAUCAGAGAAUCCCAGACUAGUUUGGGUUGGAAAGGAACUUCAAGAUCAUCUAGUUCCAACCCCCUGCAUGGGCAGGGACACCUCCCACUAGACCAGGUUGCUCAGGGCCCCUUGUUUCUGUUAACCUGUUUUAGAAGCAUCUGCCUGAUUUAGGAGAAGUCACAGUAAUAAAACAGCUCUUGCAUUAA